AUGGUAGAUCGAGUUGCUGUGGGUGCUGUCUGGCCGGUGCUGGUCGGUUUGGUGUUCUGUGGCGAGCUGACCACUGUGGAUGCGGCACCCCUCUGUACCAACGCCCAGGCCGGGUGCCACGUCCUCUCCCUGGCCAACCUGUUCGACCGGGUCAUCCAGCAUUCGGCCAGGAUGCACGGCAUUUCAAAUGACCUUCACUCUGAGUUUGAGCUUUACUUCCUGCCCAGUAAGAAUCAGAUUGGCCGGGUCAGUCGCAACUGUCACACAUCUACCAUCCUCACCCCAAAUGGCAAAGAGAACGCACAGAGAAUGGCGAGAGAAGAACUGACAGAGGUGAUUCUGAAGCUCCUGGUGGCAUGGAGAGAUCCUCUGUGGCAUUUCCACCAGGGCUUGGCUCACCACCAUGACUUUAACAACUUCAGCUCCAAUAAAUCUCUUGAAAUGAGUGACAUGGUGCACGAGCUACGCAAGGGUGUCCAGAAAGUUGUGGAGAAGAUGCAGACGUUAGGGAUAAUCAGUAACUCCAUCAGCAGCCUGGCUUCUCCUGAGGUUUUGCUGGCGUCCAACAGUGCCGAGUGGCGCCUAAUGAAAGACUAUGAUCUUCUCUACUGCUUUCGCCGAGACUCCAACAAGGUCCAGAACUACCUGAAGAUCCUCAAGUGUCGCAUUGUUCCGGAGCAUGGAUGCUGA